AAAAUAUACUCUCCAUUCUUCAUCUUCCAGCUACAGAGUGAACAACUUCACUGUGUGCGCCUUUCAACACCUCCCUUGUCCUCAUCGUCCGCUCCGCUUCAGAAUGAACAACGCGACACGCAACGAAGCGGAGCGUCUCCUUGGGAUCGCGGAGAAGCUUCUCCAGAACCGUGAUUUGAUGGGUUCGCGCGAGUUCGCCAUUCUCGCGCAGGAAACUGAGCCUCUUCUCGAAGGUUCCGACCAGAUCCUCGCCAUCGUCGACGUGCUCCUCGCCGCCGACAAGCGCGUCAACAACCACCCAGACUGGUACGCCAUCCUUCAGGUCGAUCGGCGGUCCGACGACCUUGACCUCAUAAAGAAACAGUACCGCCGCCUUGCGCUCCUCCUCCACCCCGACAAGUCCCGCUUCGCCUACGCUGACCACGCCUUCAAGCUCGUCGCCGACGCGUGGGCUCUAUUUGCCGAUCCCGUGAAGAAGGCAGUGUACGACAAAGAGCUCUCGUUCUACUCCCGCGUCGAUUUGUCUGUCCCCGGAUGGGUCCAGCAGGAAAAGCUCUCAGUCCGCAGGCCUGGGCCUGGGCCUGGGCCCGAACCCGGACCAAGCACCCGCAACAGUGCCUCGGCCCGCGACCAGAUUCACGCUGAUGAAAGUUCUCGCAGGAGAAACUCAACAUUCUGGACCGCGUGUCCCUACUGUUACCGUUUGUAUGAAUACCCUAGGGUUUACGAGGGUAAUUGUCUACGGUGCCAGAAUUGCGAUAGAUCCUUCCAUGGCGUGGCGGUUCCGACGCUGCCGCCGCUGGUCCCCGGCCAGGACGCGUAUUAUUGCUGCUGGGGCUUCUUCCCCAUGGGAUUUGUAAUGGGUAACUUUGGUUCUCCGGAGAAAGAGGCGGAGGUGACAGUGCCUGCACCGCAACCCCCUCCUCCGCCUCCGCCCGCGUCUCAACCGGCUUCUUCUCUGCCGAAUUGGAUGCCCGUACCGGCGAAUAACGGUGCGCAGGCGACGCCGGUGCCAGCGAGGGUGACUAGGUCGGCGGCGACGGUGGCCGCGAGAGCGCCGAACGGGACUGGGCCGAAGAAGAGGGGGAGACCAAGGAAGUAUCCGUUGCAGUCGUGAGAAGUGUUUUGGAAGUGAAUGUGAAUGAAGAUUUGUAGGUACUGUGUUAUUUAGCUGUUUUUUUUUUUUUUUUGUAGAUAUGGUUAACUGGUUUUCAUCUCUUGAAUUGGAGUAUUUUCUUUGGCUCUGUAGUUUUUGCUAUAGGGUUUAUUGUUGAAUGCCUUGUUGGGGAGAUUGUUGGGGAGUAGAACGAUGUGGCCAGUUAUCUUUAGUUGAAAGUAGAUUCAGAAGGCCUUAAGGCCCUUAACUUGAUUCAGUUGUUUUGAAGAGAACUGAAAAUAUUUGGGUUCUCCUAACUGUGGGAAAGCUUACACCUUCAAUGCCAUGAACAUGGUUUUGAAUUGUGGUUGGUUGUUGUUGUUGCGGUUAUAUUGCGAGUUCUUAUGAAUGAUCUGAUGUGAUCGUA